AUGGCUGACGGUACAAGAUCCAACAGGCUUGAUGAUAAAUGGAGAAAAGACACAGAUGACAAGUUAGAUAAACUCACUCAAGCUCUGCAUUCGUUCAUGCUUGCUACGGAUGCCAAGAUUGAGGCGUUAAUAAAUCACUCUCCAACCAUUGCUGCAAAUCCCUCUCCAGCUGCUGCUGCAAAUCACCUAGACGAUAAUCUGCAGCGAUCUUCUCAAUUUCAUUCUCCACGAUUUAUGCGAUUGGAUGUACCUAGGUUUGAUGGUACAGAUCCUACCGGAUGGGUAUUCAAGAUUGAAAAAUUCUUUGAUUUCCAUUCCACUCCAGACGAUCAACGGUUGCUUCUGGCUUCGUUCCAUUUAGAUGGCCCUGCUCUGAGUUGGUUCCAAUGGAUGCAAUCAAGUGGCUUAAUCAAUGGAUGGAAGGGGUUUUUACAGGCUUUGACACUACGAUUUGGUCCUUCCCUAUUUGAAGAUCAUAGAGGAGCACUUGCUAAAUUGCAACAAACGUCUACAGUUGCUGUUUAUCAAGAACAGUUCGAAAGGCUCUCUUAUAAGGUAACCGGCCUUUCUGAGACUUUUCUCAUCAGUUUUUUUAUAUCUGGAUUGAAGCCUGAGUUGAAACGUGAGCUGUUAAUUGCUCAACCUGUGUCAUUAUUACAUGCUAUGGCCUUGGCACGAUUACAUGAGCAAAAAUUCCAUGAUUACAAGAGUUCUUGGAGAUCUUUAUCUCCUUCCAUUACAACUGGUAGUUCUGAAAUUUCUCCUACAGUCACAAAACCACUUCCAUCUUCUACUGCUUCUAAGACCUUACCAGUCCGGAAAUUGUCUCCAGCUGAGAUCAAAGCUAGAAGAGACAAAGGUCUCUGCUAUUAUUGUGAUGAUAAGUUCAUGCCAGGACAUAAAUGUAAAAAUAAAUUCAUGCUUUUAGUUGGGGAAGAUGAUGAAUCUUGCGAAACAAAUGAAUUAUUCAGACAAGAGGAUGAAAUCGUCGCUAAUGCUGCUUUAUAUGAAAUUAGUCUGCAUGCUUUUGCUGGGCAAGUAAGUCCUAAGACUAUUCGAUUAAAAGGGAAUUUUCACGAACAUCAGGUUCAGAUUCUGAUAGAUAGUGGAAGCACUCACAAUUUUAUUCAAGAGAAAGUAGCUCUACGAUUGGGACUGCUCAUUUAUCCUUGCAAGAAGUUCAGGGUCUAUGUAGGCAAUGGCGAGUUCUUACUGUGUACUCAACGUUGUAAAUCAGUUCCUCUAUUGCUACAGGGUCAUUUUUUCACUCUGGAUCUCUUUAUUUUACCUUUAGAAGGUGCUGAUAUUGUAUUGGGUAUCCAAUGGCUUGAACUUCUUGGUCCCAUUCUUACCGAUUAUAAAAUGCUUACAAUGGAAUUUGAGUGGGAGGGUGUUAAGGUUCAAUUGAAGGGAGAACCAUGUAUUAAUGGAGAUCCUUUGCCAAGAAAGCAGCUACACCAAUUAUAUUGUACUAAAGGCAUCGCAUCUCUCUAUCAUUUGAAAAUUUCUGUAGAUUCACCACCAUCCAGUGCUCAUCUUCCCAGUGAGGUACAAUCCUUGUUACAGAAAUUUGAUUCAGUCUUUAGUUCUCCAACUGAAUUACCUCCACACAGAGAAUUUGAUCAUCAAAUACAUCUACUUCCGGGUUCCAAACCUGUUACUGUUAGACCCUAUAAAUAUCCUCACUUUCAAAAGGGUGAGAUUGAGAAAUUGGUCUCUCGAAAUGCUCCAAAGAAGGAAUCAUUCAAACAAGAUACAAGUCCUUUUUCCUCCCCUGUGUUGUUAGUUAAAAAAAAGAUGGUAGCGGCGUUUCUGUAUUGA